GCAAGUGCAAUAAAAGUCCUCCCAACAGUCUGUGAAAUCACAUUUGUAGAAGAAAGCAAGAAUGCAUCCCAUAUUAGAUUUCCUCUGGUUUGCAGUCUUUGCAACCUAUUGCUAUGUUGAAGCUUUGGUGAAAUGUUUUAUUCCUGUGAAGAGAAAAUCUGUGGCUGGUGAAAUUGUCCUUAUCACUGGAGCUGCAAAUGGCAUUGGAAGACACACAGCCUUUGAAUUUGCCAAACAAAGAAGCCGAUUGGUUCUCUGGGACAUAGACAAGUCUGGCAUCGAGGAAACAGCUGAAGACUGCAGAAAGUUGGGAGUCGAAGCAUAUCCUUAUGUGGUGGACUGCAGUUUGAAAGAGGAAAUCUACAGUGCGGCUGAGAAAGUAAAAAAAGAUGUUGGAGAUGUUACUAUUUUAGUGAAUAAUGCUGGUGUGGCAGCAACAGGGGAUCUACUUUCUACCCAGGACAAGCAAAUACAAAAAAUAUAUGAUGUCAACAUUCUAGCUCAUUUCUGGACAAUAAAAGCUUUCCUGCCAGCUAUGAUGAAAAAUAACCAUGGUCAUGUUGUCAACAUUGUAUCAGUUGCUGCACUUGUAUCAACUCCUUUUCUGGUGACUUAUUGCUCAAGCAAGUUUGCUGCUUUAGGGCUUCACAAAGGCUUUUCCAAAGAGUUGCUUGCUUUGGGAAAAGAUGGGAUCAAGACUACCUGCUUGUGUCCAUAUUUUGUAAGCACUCCGCUUGUAAAAAACAUAGAGUCAAGAAUAAUACCUGUUCUGAAGCCUGAGGCAGUUGCAAAGAGGCUCAUGGAUGGGAUACUCUGCAAUCAAAAGAUGAUCGUUAUGCCGUCGCUGGCUUCGAUGUUCUCUUUGGUGGAAAUAAUUCUUCCUGAGCGUGCUUUGGUGGCUUUGAAUAAGAUUUUGAGUAUCAAAUUCGAUGUGAAGAAACAAGAAUGACUCAAAGUAUCAAAUCUUCAGAAGCUUUCCAAAUUUUAGAUCAUGUGCAAUCAUGUUUCUAAUAUCAUGGUUUUUUACUUCUUAUGUAAACUGCAAAAGGAAUUCCAAGCACUAUUCUUUGAAAAUCAAUAUUAAGAUAUCUUUUUCAAGUACUGG